AUGUCUGAAGUACAAGCAACAGUUGAGUUUUCAGUAGAGCUUCAAAAAUUCCAUAAUGUGGACCUGUUUCAGAGAGGGUAUUAUCAUGUGAGAGCAGCGCUGAAAAUUUCCUCAAGGAUACCACACCGGUUAACUGCAAUGCUUGUAGGGCAAACAGAUGAUCCUGGUCCAUAUUCCCCUUGCGUGUAUGAUAAUACUGUGUACAGUCGGACAUUUCAAAUUUUAUAUAGGAAUGAAGAUAUUGUUAUUAAUGAUGUCAUGGUCUUUAAAGUUCACAUGCUGUUGGAUGGUGAAAGGGUAGAAGAUGCAUUGAGUGAAAUAGAUUUUCAGCUCAAACUAGAUCUUCAUUUUACUGACAGUGAACAACAACUAAAGGACAUUUCCUCAGUGCCCUUGAUAAGCAGUCGUACUUUAGGUCUUCACUUUCAUCCGCGAAGAGGUUUGCACCACCAUGUUCCUGUCAUGUUUGACUAUUUCCACUUGUCGGUGAUAUGCGUAACAGUACAUGCGUCCCUGAUAGCAUUACAUCAGCCGCUCAUGAGCUUCGCUCGUCCUAUUAAAGGAUCCUGGUUAGGAAAAAGUAGUCAUGAAAUGGUGUCUGAACAGUCAAGCAUGUCAUUGGAAAAUCUGGUGUUUGGUGCUGCGUACUGUAAACCACCUUCCUCUGAGGGAAGCUGUUACGUUCCAUCAGAAAACUGCAUACAACAUGCCUACAAGUGGCAUAAGGACCUCUCUCAUCUCCUUUUGUCUGCCUAUAGUGGCCUUUGUUCAUAUUAUGGGAUUAUAUUAAAAGAAAUUCCAAACUUGCCACAAACUGAACUAGAAGAGCUUUUGACGGAAAAGACAUUGUCUCAACUCUGUAAUCAGUUGCAGAUGCUAAAUACUCCUGAGAGGAUAACGGAACAGAUAAGUAAAGACGUAGCUUGGCUUUGCUCUCAGAUCUUGGUUAUGUGGACCCAGUUUUUGGAGACCGUUACCCUACAGCCUGAUGUAACAGACUACCUCACGCAAGAACACCACACUUUAAGGGUAAGGAGAUUUUCGGAAGCUUUUUUUUACACUGAACAUGAAAAAUCAGCAGCUGUCACAUUUCAGGAAAGUGUGAUCCAAAGUCAUACUAACUUUUCAACAGAAGUUCGAAUGUCUGAAUACCUUCUGAGCAUGCCUCCUCUACCCGUUGAAUGUAUAGAUAUAGAUGGGGACUGGACCUCUCUUCCUAUAAUAUUUGAAGACAGAUAUGUGGAUUCUCCAAGAAAAGAUUUCAUUUUUGUUAAUGCGUUAGAAGAAACAGAAAAUCAAAAAGACGAAAACAAAUGUCAUUCUAAUAAAGACAUUGAGUUUGAAAAUAUUGGUACCAGCCAAGAUGCAAACUUCAUCCAAACAACAUCAGUACAUGAAAAUGCAUCCUUUGAAAAAUCAAGUGUAGUUAUUGAAACUCCAGUGAGCAGCAAAUUAAGUGAAUUUCCAAAACAUUAUUUUAACUGCACACAGGAGACAAAAUGUGAAGAACCUGAAUAUAUAACAGGAAUUUCUCAAGGAUACACUCUUAACACAGAUGAUACAUCUUCUGGAAACCCAAAGGACGAUUCAGUUGAACAAGAAACCAAAAAAUUGCCUGGUAUCACAUAUAUUGAAGUAAAACCAAGUAAUUAUGACCAAUAUAGGGGGGAAUCAGUAUUUAUUCUAAAUGCUUCAUUUGGGAACCAAGAUUUAAGUUCAAGUCUUGAAGGUAAAAUACUCCAAAGCGAAGAGGAAUGUUUGAAUAACAAAAAUGACUCCAGAAUUUUGGAACAUAUUGCGUUACAUGAGCUAGGACAUUUUAAACAUGAGACGAUAGCAGAAAGCAGGGUUGUUAAUCAAAGCAUUCACAUAUUAUCAAGAAGUAACAGUACAGAGUUAAUACAACAAUCUGUAAAAGAUACACUUACAGUAAAAUCAUUUCAGAAAGAAAAACAUGAAGAAUUUUCUUUGUGCUUAGGUCUUAUUAAAAGGUCUUCUUCUAUGAUAUCUGACUCGGGGAUAGAGAGUGAACCAAGCUCUGUGGCUUUGAGUGAUAACCGUAAUAGGCCAAUAGAUUUGCCCAAUGAAAAAGAACUUCUACAGCAUUUUGUGAGAAGACAUGGAAUGCACAGAAAUUCUUUAGAAGGAGGACAAACAGAAAGCAAUACAAGUUUACCAAGUGGAAUUCAAGCUUCUUUGACAUCCAUUAGCUCUUUGCCAUUUGAAGAAGAGGAAAGAGAAAUUGAACUUGCAAAAUUGACCAAAUCUGUUUCAGCUCCUCAAAUCAGUAGUCCUGAGGAAUCUGUUGAUGACAUGACUUUAACAAAUGAAGAGGUAGUACAAAAUGGCCAGAAUGUGGAGUUAGGUAUAACAAUGAACCUCACUGAUCAUGAUGAAUUAAAAUUAAAAGCCUGCAAUUGUGAGAAUACUGGCGUCCCCUGCAAUGGUUUUUGUAUUACCAGUGCUAGCAUAGGAAUUCAGGUUAAUGGAAUCAGAGAGCAAACUCUAAAUCCAAAGUCAAAUAAAGGUCAAGAAACAGUCAGUUUAGGAAAUUCUACAGUUCAUCAUACAAUUGAUCAUGAAAACCAUAGAGAUAUGGCUACAAGUAGCCCAGAUAUUGAAGACCCUGGUGGUUUUUCAGAUUUUGAAGAUAAAUUACCACUAGUGUUGUCUUCUACAUCAUUGCUGAAAGAGCCAUUAGUUGAUAUAGUUGUGACGGCUACAGAUAUAGAUGAUUUGGUCACAACUCCUAUUAAGGAAGUAUUCGAGGAGUUUCCACUUUUACAGGAGAUUGAACUCACUGAAGAUUCAACAAAAGAUGAAUCUCUGGACAAUUAUCUAACUUUUUGCCAUGAGAUGCACAGUUCUGAUGAAAAAGUUACAAUAAGUCGAAAUGAAUGUGCUACUGUGCUUCCCGAUGGAAAUUCAAGUACUUCACAUGUCCUAGCAUUAGAGAGAAGAAAGGGCAUUGAAAUGGUUAACUUGUCUGUCUCAUGCACGGCUACUUGUCUACCUUUUUCUUCAAUGAAUAAAGAUACUCCAGUGAUCCCUGGUUUUUCACAAAAGCAAGCGUUAUUUCCAAUAACAAGACAACCAUUGGGCUCAUUUGGAGUUAUUUCAUGUAAUUCCGACACUGAUGAUGAGGUCAAUGAAAGAAUGCUUAGUUUUCAUCAGGCUAAAGAAAAGUUCAGGAAACAGCUCAAGUUUGAAGGCUUCCUGUACAGUGCUCUGCCCUCACUAGCUUCUGAUGUUCCAUAUUUUCCUCCUGAAGAAGAGCCGUCAGAAGAUGGAAUUCAUCUAGUUGUCUGUGUGCAUGGACUUGAUGGUAACAGCGCUGAUCUACGACUGGUAAAGACGUUUCUCGAAUUGGGGCUACCAGGGGCAAAUCUUGAUUUCCUUAUGUCGGAGAAAAACCAGACCGAUACAUUUGCAGACUUUGAUGCUAUGACAGACAGGCUCAUUGAUGAGAUCAUUCAACAUAUACAGUUAUAUAACCUCUCAAUUUCACGAAUAAGUUUUAUUGGUCAUUCCUUGGGGAACAUCAUUAUUAGGUCUGUCCUUACCCGUCCCCGGUUUAGAUAUUAUCUGAACAAACUACAUACAUUUCUAUCGCUUUCAGGACCACAUCUUGGAACGCUUUACAAUAACAGUGCUCUGGUUAGUACAGGUUUGUGGCUUAUGCAGAAGUUAAAGAAAUCAGGAUCACUUUUACAGCUGACUUUCAGGGAUAAUACUGAUCUACGGAAGUCAUUUCUGUACCAGCUUAGCCUAAAGCCAGGACUACAGUAUUUUAAAAAUGUUGUUUUAGUUGCAUCUCCUCAAGAUCGUUAUGUUCCGUUUCAUUCAGCGAGAAUAGAAAUGUGUAAAAAUGCCAUCAAGGACAAACACACAGGUCCUAUCUACACAGAAAUGGUCAAUAAUCUCCUCCAGCCAGUGAUAGAAUCCAAGGAUUGCACUUUAAUCCGACACAACGUGUUUCAUGCACUGCCAAACACAGCCAACACUCUGAUUGGACGAGCUGCACAUAUAGCAGUGCUGGAUUCAGAACUCUUUCUGGAAAAGUUUUUCCUUGUAGCAGGACUUGGUUACUUUAAGUAA